AUGGCCAACCCGCCACUCCACCCUGCUGUCGCCUCUCUCGUGCCAUGCCAUGGCCGUCUUGCCCUCUCUGCGCCCGUCCCGCUGCUGGGCGCCCGCGACGUGGCUGCCAUCCGUGCCGCCGCCGAGCCCUCGUCCGCGCCAGGAACCGCGCCGGAGAUCGCGCCGGGAACCGCGCCAGUGACAGAGCUGGCUAUAGCCUACGCCGGCAUUGACUCGCGCGCAGUACGGUCGCUGCUUCCGCUGCCUAUGGUGCUGGUCUCGCUCGCGCUGCCGGACAACUGCCUCGGGCCUGCUGGCGGGGUGGCUGUGGCCGAUGCCGUCGCCCUUGCGCCGGCGCUCACCGCCCUCGAUCUGGCUGGCAACGGACUGGGUGAUCACGGUCUCUCGGCUCUCCUCACUGCGUUACGGGUGUCGGACACGCUUGUAGAUGUGUGUGCGAGUCGCAAUCGUGGCUCGGCCGAUCUGCUGCCGGAGAUGAUGGCAGUGGCUGGCCUCGACUCGCCGCUGGCUCGCCUCGAGUGGGUCGAUAACGGCCUGGCCGCAGCCUCUGCCGGACCGGCCCUCGCGGCCGCCGCCACUCCCGCUGCGGAAUGUGGCACCAUCCGGCGCGUCCCCCCGGCGACUGUGGCCGGCCCGGACGUGGCGGGCGAGAUUGUGGUCGAGCUCGCGGACGAUGCGGCGCACGCGCCGAUCGGCACGCUGGUGGUGUGUGACAAGCCACGGUCUGCGCUUGUCGCGUCCAAGCUCCAUCAGUACCUUGCAUCGAGUGCGGUGGUGUCGCUCCUAGGCCCCGAGGCCGCUGCUGAGGUCCUCGCCGCUGCGGGCGACGCCGUGACCGCCGAAUGUGUACUCGCGGUAGCGACGCCGUUUCUGGCGCUCGACAGCUAUCUAGAGACAGGAUGUCAGCCCGGGUUCCCGCUGGAGCCACCGGGCGCGAUUGCGAGUGGCAUUGUGGCGGCGGUGGCGGUCCUAGCAGAGCGCGGGGUGGCACACCUGCGGCUGACGCCGAGCGCGUUUGCCCGCUACGAGCUGGGAUGGAGGAUCCGCCACCUGCGGUUUGCCACGCUCGAGGGAACACCGCUAGCGAGUGGUAACUUGGCGACGGUGUACGCAUCGCCAGGCGUGCUCGCGGCGGCGGUCGGCGGGGCGCGAAGUGUGGUCGCGUCCAAGGACGCCAUGCUGUGGCAACUCGGCAUGGUGCUGUUCCAUCUGCUCGCGCCCGAUGCGUUUGAGGCUAUGGUGGAAGCCGUCAGCGGCGCGCCGGUGAUGUUUGUGCAAAGCCUGGCGAGCGAUGCGGUGCAGGGCGUGGCCGGCCUGCCGUACGCGGCGCUGCCGCUGCGGUGGCGAGCUACUGUCAUGGGCCUGUUGGCGCUCGAGCCGUCAAGGCGGGAGUUAGUAACGCCGGUCGUGCAUUGAUUGUGUUCACUGGGCAGCUUUGUUGGCUCACUGAUGGAGCUCGACAAAGUUAGAGGGGAACAUGCCAACCUCACCGGCAAUGUUCUCGCCCG